CUACUGAUUUACAGUAUUUGAGUGAUUGGACCCGCCCACAUUUGAUUCACUGACCGACUUGGAAGCUUUUCUUUGGUCGCUGCUCCUGUCAGUCAAAAAGUCACCACGUGGUUGAUAACAACAUCGCCGGGCUGGAGGGGCGGUGGUAGGCCGUGUCAACCAUUACUGUUUCCACGGUCUUGUCAAGCGCGGUUUAAGUUGACGAAUGGGCCAUCCAUUUAGCGCUUCAAAACGGUACUGUUAUCGUAACACAUUCCGAGCUCAAAGGGUAACUUUUGGUAGUAUUGGGAAGAUUAGCCCCGGCUGGCUGAGCAACAGUUAGCCUCCAUUCCAGAAGAAGUGUAAGGAGCUUCUCGCGACUCUGACGGAGAGCAAGCCCGCCUGUUGGUGGUCAUGGCUUCGGGCGGUAACUCGGCGGCCACCUCCAGUCCUAUGGUAGUCCUGGCGCCCAAGACUAAGACGAAAAAGAAACACUUCGUUCAGCAGAAGCUCAAAGUGCUCCGAGCCAGCGACCCUGUCCAAAGUGUCUUUAUGUGGGGCGUUAAUCACUCGAUAAACGACCUCAACCAGGUACCAGUUCCUGUCAUGUUACUCCCUGAUGACUUUAAGGCCAACACUAAGAUUAAAGUUAAUAAUCACCUCUUUAACAAAGAAAAUCUUCCUGGACAUUUUAAAUUUAAGGAAUACUGCCCUCAAGUCUUCAGAAAUCUAAGGGAGAGAUUCGGUAUUGAAGAUCUGGACUACCAGGUGUCAUUGACUCGUUGCCCUCCGAUAAGGAGCGUUGAUGACCGUGGAGAGGGUCUGCUCCUUAACUCCUAUGACCGCACAUUGAUUGUCAAGCAAAUCUCCAGUGAGGAUGUAGCAGAUAUGCACAGCAUCCUGUCGGAGUAUCACCAGCACAUAGUGAAGUGUCACGGUAGCACCCUGCUACCACAGUUCUUGGGAAUGUACCGGGUCAGCGUGGAGAGUGAGGAGACGUACCUGAUUGUCAUGAGGAACAUGUUCAGCCACAGACUGGUGGUACACAGGAAAUAUGACCUGAAGGGUUCUAUGGUGGAUCGUGAAGCAAGCGACAAAGAACGGGGUAAAGAACUUCCCACCUUUAAGGACAUGGACUUCAGGAACAACAUGCAGAAGGUGUACGUCACAGAGGAGCAGAAAGAAAAGUUAAUGGAGAAACUAAACCGGGAUGUGGAGUUCCUAGUAAAGCUGAAGAUCAUGGACUACAGCUUGCUGCUCGGUAUCCAUGAUAUCGGCCGAGCUGAGAGGGAGGAGGAGGAAGGAGAGGAGGUUUCCAACGAGGAAGACCAGGAGGCAGAGAAUGGCUUGACGUCAGGCCCUGCUGUAGGAUCUUUUGGCACCUCUCCAGAGGGAAUAGCUGGUUACAUGUCCUCCUGCAAACCUCUUGGACCCGGAGAGUUUGACCCUUAUGUAGAUGUAUACGCUCUCAGCAGCUGCACAGGAGCCCCUCAGAGAGAGGUCUAUUUUAUGGGCCUGAUUGAUGUAUUGACUCAGUACGACACGAAAAAGAAGGCAGCUCACGCAGCCAAAUUUGUCAAACAUGGGGCAGGUGCUGAAAUCUCCACUGUACACCCCGAGCAAUAUGCCAAACGAUUCCGCGACUUCAUCGCUAAAAGUUUUGCAUAAAAUUCAGCUGCAAACACUCAGAACUUCUCACCAUUGACCAAAAACAGUGUGCGCACAGGACAUAUUUUUAACUUGUUAAUAUGAGGAAAGACUACUUCCAAUGUGUGGAUAUGUAGUAAACUUCAUAUUCAUAUAUUUAUUUUCAAAAUUUCUUCUAGAUCAUCAGCUAUAAUGAUGUUGAAUAAUGUUCAAUGUAUUAGAACAGAUCAGAACAUACUUUUUCCUUUGCUGUUCUUGGAAUCACCUUACUCCCUUACUGACACUAGGAAGAAAAUAUAAUUAUUUUAUAAUUUAAAGUAACCAAUUGGCAAAUGUCUUUAUUGAGCAUGCUCAGAAGGCUGUCCUUUCUCACAUAUCCAUUUGCAACACUAGAGGACAGUAUUGCUUAGUUUAGUUAGAUUCAAUUUUGCAUUUAACACAUGAAUGGGGUAACUGCCCCCUUGUUAUCAUAUCAUAAUCAUACACAUUCACAACUCUUACAUCUCAAUCAUGAAGGCAUAUCUUAGCUUGAACUAAUCCAACCUACUGCAGAUUUAAAAUUAUUAUUUUGAGCUCUUUCUUUUGUAGCACACACAGUAGACAUGAAGGCAUUUCUUAUUUAAUUCUCAGUGAGAAAGCUAAUUAAAUGACUUUGUAGUCUGAAAUGGAGAUUAGAUAUUGUUGAAAAAAGUUUGGCUAAACUAUCAGUGAGUGCAAACUGUACAAGCACAAUUUCCACUUGAUGUACAACAAAUGUGAGCAAGUGCAAAAGAAAAAUAGAAUUUGGCAGGACUACAAUGCAAAUUAUUUAAAGGAACAGAGGAGUAUGAUUGAAUUGAAUAUUUAUUGAAUGAAUGAAAAACAUAUCAGUAGAUAUUGUUUCUAUCUCUUGGCUGCUAUAAGCCUGGACAGUAGAGCAAACCUUCACCAUUCAUUUAACCAUAGUGUAAUGCAAGUAUUCAUAUGAGAAGACAGCCUGAAUAUUAUUUACUUGGAUUAAUUCAAGAUGCUAUAAUGUUUUUGUGCAUUGUAGGUAUAAAAUCUAGUUAUAGAACUGUUGUUUGUGAAUUGUAACUUUUUCUGAUUUAGUGACAAAUGUUUCUAUAGUGCAGUAGUGUAAAGCAGUGAGCCUUAACACAAUGCAGCAUUCCAAAAACUGGCAUGGCAGUGUUCAUUACACUCUGAGGCCUCAUUCUCGAUGAUUGAUUGCACAUGUUGUAUUUUUGCAAAUCAGCAUUUUGACCAAAAUAUAUUUUACAAAAAAAAAUGCCUGGAAAGUGUUUAUUUAGUUCUUGUUUUGAAUCAAAUUUGCCUUUUGAAGUAAAAGGUAAUCGGGUCAGGUAUUGUGUAUGCUGUAAGGUAUUGCGUGAAGUUUGAGAUCAAGCUUUGGAGGUCAGGGACUGUUAUUUGUUUGACUUGUGUCAUAAGAUACAAUUGUGCUGACUGGUUCCUUCCUGUCAAAGGAGAGAAGACAGAACAUGCUGACUGCUAGAACUCUCUCAUCACUGGCCCACACAUUAGGUUGGAGGCAGGAUGAGUGGGCUGGUUGAAGGGGUCAAAAAGUCAAAAAAUGCUGACAUUUUCAGAGACAUACUAGGAACACUGUUCAUUAAUCAGGGCAAGUUCUAGCCAACAUAAAUGCUCCUGUGUUUUUGCUUUAUGACUCAUGACCUUUACUGACUACAGUGGGUAUAGAAAGUCAACAGAUGACAAAAUGGAAACUUUUCCUAAAAAUCAUCCACAAUUCAACGGCAAAAAGGUUCAAAAUAAAUAAAAUACAAUCUUUUGUGCAAUAGGUAAUUCAAACAGCCUAUUAUUCACACUUUUUUAUUCAUUGGUUAGGAUCAAUUACAUUCUCGAAACUCAAAACCAGUGUUAUAGUUAAGCACAACAUCAUAGCUCACUUGCUUAUUAAAUUCAUAUCUCUCCUGGCUAAAUUCAUUUCUCAUUUAGCCAGUGCCUCCUUAUGUGUUGUGUAAACACUGCAAAUCAAAACGUUUACCGGUACAUGUUUUGUCACUAUAGCAAAGGACCAUUUAAUACCCAUCAAUCCGGCUGUGUCUUACUUCUUAGGCCUUCAUUGUAUUACUUUUUUUUUGGUCCAAGUUUUGGCAUCAGUGUUCACCCAAUGCAUAACACUGCCAAGUAAAUUGUAACAUAGUUUACACACACAAAUUAACUUCCAAACAUCAGAAUAACAAAACAAUGUAUCCAGCCAACAGUAAUUUUCAGCAAUGCAAACGCAUAGCCUACAAUGCUGUAAAUAAAGCCAUUAAUGCUUCUUUCGGGUAACUAAACAAACUGAUCAUAAGAGAAGUGUGGAAUUCUAAGUUCACCUGACUCUCUAUAUAAUCAAAUUUUCUAAAAAUGACUGGUAUUCAAGACAUUACCUUUAUGUGCUAAUUUUGAAAAUUGAAUACUUUAUUGUGCGCAAGAUGACUUAUAACAGUUGUUCUCAAUGUUUGUUUGCCAAGUACCGCCUCAGAAAAUAUUUGGCUUUCCAAGUACCACUAUAAUAACCAACAUUACCAAAAAAAAGUUGCGUAGUAGGCCUAAACAUACAUUAAAAACAUGGUGGGGGUUAUAUUUAACAAGUAUAUUUAAUAUUUUGGCCACUGUGACAUAACACACAGGUUGAACAGUAACACUGUUUGAAAAUUUCAUUAAGUGAUUAUUUGGCGUGCCACGGUUUGAGAAUCACUGACUUAUACAAUGAAAUGAUGCCGACAUGUUUAGGAGAGAGCUACCAUUACACUGGGAAUCAUCAACCAGUUUAGAUGAAGCGGGUAUUCACUUAGAAAUUGUGCUAAAUCCAGGCUACCUCUACUUGAUCACAUGCAAAUAUGUACUCAAAUCAAUGAGAUGUUUGCAAUGUACUGAAAUUAACAAGAAAUUCAAUUGUGUUGAGACCAAUUGUCAA